AUGUGGAACGUCAACAAAAAAGACAAUCAUUUUAUCGUAGCCAGCAAAGUAGUGCUGUCUAACACGUACCACAAAGUAGUCGAGGCAUUCAUCUCCAGCUGUCCCUAUAUCAUCGGCCCUGAUUUACCGGACAGGUCACCUGACAGUGAGACUGGUGCACAAACAGACACGGGCAGUGGCAGUGCGAGUGACUCUAAUGAUAUACGUACACUCGAGCACAGACGGCGGUCUAGCGGGGCUGUGCGUGGGUCAAAGGACAGUCUAAACCGAAGCCUAGGUGGGAGGUUCGGUAUGGGUAUGGGUAUAGUAGGUUCGAGUAGGGAUAUCAAUAGGAUUGGGGAUAUUGGUGCGGAUAGUAUAGAUAGCUUGCAACUGAUGUCGAGCCGUAGUAGUAUUGAUGGUAGUGCUGGACAUUCGCAUGUGUUGAGGAAGCCAUCCGAAGUCAGUGAGAUCAGCAACGCAGAGCCGUUGAUGUCUGAGGCCAUCCCGAUACUUCUCACGGCAGCACAG